ACGACCACCGGCCACCGUGGACCCGUCGGCCGUCGACCCCCAAUCCGGCGUCGCACGCUUCCAUUAGCGCUGCGGCCGCGAAUCGAAAAUUCUAAGAGGAGAGGAGAGGCGAUGGCCGCCGCCUGCUCUUUCCGUUCCAUCGUCCGGGCUCCUCCGCCUCCGCGGGGCCUCGCCAGGAGGUCAGUGUUCUGCUGCAGCACCGCUCCCGGUGGCGCCUACACCUCCAAGCUCGUCAUGGAGGUUAAAGAGAGGCUGGAAAGGGAGCAUCCAGGCCUCCCGACUGGCAGAAGCGGGAGGGAUGAUGACGAGAUGAUCCUCUGGUUCUUAAAGGACAGGAAAUUCGCCGUUGAUGAGGCCGUCUCCAAGUUGACCAAGGCCAUUAAAUGGCGUCAAGAUUUUCGUGUGUCAGAAUUAUCGGAAGAAUCAGUGAAAGGGUUGUAUCAAACUGGCAAGGCAUAUGUGCAUUCUUCUUUUGACACCUCCGGCAGACCUGUGCUAGUCGUAGUGGCAGCCAAACAUUUUCCUUCUAAGCAAGAUCCACAUGAAAAUGAGAAACUAUGCGCCUUUUUGGUCGAAAAGGCUUUAAAUAAACUUCCAACGGGAACAGAUAACAUACUUGGAAUUUUUGAUCUUCGAGGCUUCCGUGUAGAAAAUGGUGAUCUCCAAUUCUUGAAGUUUUUGAUUGAUGUAUUCUACUAUUACUAUCCGAAGCGGCUUGGCCAAGUUCUUUUUGUGGAUGCACCAUUUGUGUUUCAGCCAAUGUGGCAGCUUGUUAAACCUCUGUUGAAACAAUAUGCCUCCCUGGUGAGAUUUUGUGAUGCUGAGACUGUGAGAAAAGAGUACUUCACAGAAGAAACUGUACCCCCUGAUUUCCGCUGUUAGGUGUCACCAUUACCUUUCUUACUACCGAGUGGCGGGUUGUCGUAAUGUUAAUGGCUGCUGCCCUGAUUCUGUGUAAGGCUCAGUGCUAAUUUUCUCUGUUUCUGCCUUUGUUCGAAACUUCCAUCGGUUUUUUUUUUCCGGUAGCAUUAUAAACGCUCAAGCACUGAACUGCACAACAUCAUGAGUGUCAAGGCUGAUGGGUUAAGGAUUACAGUGCUAGCUUAUGUUGCCAUAGUACAACCAUGGUGUCCACGGGAAUUCUCAUAUUCAUCAGUAUCUGCCUCGGGAACGUUGGAUGCUAGUUGAAAAUCUCUAAAAGCAAACCAGGGCCAUCUUGAAAUCCUUGGUCAACACCAGUUCUGGGUCGUGGGAGAAACUCUUGUCUGUGGGUGUUAAAAAGCCGAAUUUGAAGACCAUUGAUCCGAUUGCUCCUUGUUGCAGUUUAUCUGGAAAACUGGCUUUGCAAGGUAUUUGGCUUGUAAGUUUGAGGUUGAUCGACACCCUUUGUAAUAAUGAGCUUAAGGCUCAACGGACAUAAUUUUUCUCCUCAAUAAUACUGGUUGAAGGAUACCUUUUUUGCCCUUUA